GGGGAAUCCAGUGACUGAUCUUUCAAGACCAAAGGUCUAGUAUUGGUGGUUACUGGUCACACAAACUUUCUCUUAGCUAUGCUUAUCAAUGGAAAUAAGCUUUUGGAUUUUGCGAGGACAAGACAGCUUUAUUCGUCGCCCGGAAUCGGCAUCAUGGCUCUUGCGAUUUCUUUGCCUGCCUAUAUAUGCAGAGUGUUAGGCCAUGCCCCUCCUGGGCCGUGCAAGCUCAGCUCAUCUGGAAGGAGGAGCUGACAAGAGGAGGGAAACAAUGGCGAGUUCUUCCAUGGACACUGAAGCUGCAGGCCAGGAGCUCAAGGGCGGUGGCUACACCGUCGCAGCUACUGCUCAUGCAGUGGACUCAGACUCGUGGCAGCAGGUGGGGCUGCUGCUGGUGAUCGGCUUCAACUGCGCCUACGUGCUGAGCUUCUCCAACCUCAUGAUGGCGCCGCUGGGCUGGGGCUGGGGCGUCGCCUGCCUGCUGCUCGUCGGCGCCGCCGCCUGGUACGCCAACUGGCUCCUCGCCGGCCUCCACUUCAUCGACGGCCAGAGGUUCAUCCGGUACAGGGACCUCAUGGGCUUCGUCUUCGGGAGGAAAAUGUACUACCUCACUUAUUUCCUGCAGUUCACCACUCUGCUUCUCUGCAACAUGGGAUUCAUCUUACUUGGUGCAAGAGCACUCAAGGCAAUCAACGUGGAGUUCACCCACUCCCCUGCUAGGCUCCAGUGGUUCAUCACCGCGACGGGAAUCAUCUACUUCGCCUUCGCCUACUUCGUGCCGACGAUUUCUGCCAUGAGGAACUGGCUCGCCACGUCGGCGGCGCUGACGUUAGCAUACGACGUCGCUCUGCUGGCCAUCCUAAUCAGAGAUGGGAAAUCGAACAAGCAGAAGGACUACAACGUCCAUGGCAGCCCAGCCGAGAAGGUGUUCAACGCGCUGGGCGCCGUCGCCGCCAUCCUCGUCUGCAACACGUCCGGGCUGCUCCCGGAGAUACAGUCGACGGUGCGAGAGCCGGCGGUGCGCGGCAUGCGGCGGGCGCUGCUGCUGCAGUACACCGCCGGCGCCGCCGCCUACUACGGCAUCAGCGUGGCGGGGUACUGGGCGUACGGGUCGGCGGUGUCGGAGUACCUCCCCAACGAGCUCGGUGGGCCGCGGUGGGCCGCCGUGCUCAUCAACGCCACCGCCUUCCUCCAGAGCGUCGUCUCCCAACACCUGUUCGCGGUGCCGAUCCACGAGGCCAUGGACACGCGGCUGCAGCGGCUGGAGGAGGGCAUGUUCUCCCGGUACAACCUGACGCGCCGCUUCUUCGCGCGGGGGCUCAUCUUCGGCUUCAACAUCUUCGUCACCGCGCUGUUCCCCUUCAUGGGCGACUUCGUCAACCUCUUCGGCUCCUUCGCCCUCGUCCCGCUCACCUUCAUGUUCCCCAGCAUGGUCGUGCUCAAGAUCAAAGGGAAGAGUGGUGGGAGAUGGAGCAGGCUUUGGCACUGGGGCGUCAUCGUUUUCUCCUCUGUUCUCUGCGUCGCAACCACCGCCGCCGCCGUUCGUUUGAUCUUCAACAAUGCCAGGAUCUACCACUUCUUCGCCGACAUGUAGGGGGAGUGAAAACAUGAUGGAAGUGAUAGUUACAUGGUGCCGCCUUUUAGGUUAACGGCUUAUCGCCUCUUAUAAGGUGUUUAGUUUGAGGGGUAGGACGAUUAAAUACCUUCUCGCUCUUUUCAUUUUUGUUUGGUUUGAGAAGUGGAAUGACCACCUCAUCCUUGACAAAUGCAUGAUUUGGAUGAGGUGAUUCCUCAAACCAAACAUCAUUUUGUAUGAAAGACGAAUGUUUCGCACGUGCCGAAUUCAGUAACCCUUGCAAGGACCAAGAAUAUUACACAAGAAUAAUGGACCAUAAUGGAUUGACGGGUUCAUAAAAGAUUAAACAUUGUGAUAGUCGCA